AUGGAAGAUGCGAAAUACCGUACGUUUCCAGCGAAGGUUCUGCUUGCGUGUGAUGAACGGAUCCACCAGUUUAUUGAUGCCUCAAUAUACAACGACUGGAAUGCGGCAGUGCAGGAGUGGCGUGAGCAAAAGCAAGCAAGGGUAUCACUCCAAAGGCAGAAACCCCCUGAGCCCAAAGGGGAAUAUGCACCUGGGAACAAACUGACUCAGUUCAGCGACGAAGAAUUCCUGAAAUUGACUCAGCAGUUGGAGGAGAUAACGUCGGCCAUCGCGGGGCCUUCGGCGGCCCUACCAGGCCCUACUUUUAGUGAUGGAGGAGAUGGGGCUGGUAGUAACGAUUGCUGCCACUCCGGGGCCAAACAUGACCUCUACACUCUCGACUCCUCUAUGUAUUCAGCAUCACUUGAUGACAAACAACUAAGUCUGUGUCAAAAGGCGGCCGAGCUAUACAAAGUGGGUGAUUACAGCGAAGCUGCCAGAAACUUUUCGGCGGUGAUAGAUUCCUGUCUGCCAACCGUGUUGAACGCUGCCAUGGUAAGCAACAGGGCAAUGUGCUAUCUUUGCUGCGGCAGCUAUCGUUGUAGCCUCCGGGACGCCAUACGUUCCUGCGAGAUGAAUAAUCAAUACGUUUUGGGUGCCAGGCGUGCAGUGCGCAUACACAUUUGUUGCGGAAAGUGCUCGGAGGCCAGGGGGCUCAUUGACACGUACAGCAAAACGUGUGGGCACGGUUUUGAAGAAGAGUUGGCGAAUAUCACUUUAUAUGAAAACUCUACUGCCCUUUUUGACAGAAACGAGCACGCGACGGCACUUAAACAGUUGAACGAACUACUGAAGCGGGCACCAUGUGCACCCUUUGAGGCCUUAAAGGUACAACUUGUGGCCGUCGAAUUGGGGAGCCGAGCUGCUUUGCUGCAUGCUGAGGAAUGCCUUCGACGCUACCCUAACUUUCCGGAACUCAUGUACUGGAACGUGCAGUUGCGAUUUCUUGAAUGCAGCAACGAAAGCGAGUUAGUGGCAAUUCUUUCUCUUUCGCGCGUGAGUGCCUCAGCAGACUGCGCGGCCCGGUUCCGGCAGGUAAACAGCCGUAUACAGCAAUGCAUCGACUUAUGUCGUGAGUUGGAGAAGACUUCUGCGGCGAAAAAUUGGCCGCAACUUGUUGAGUUGUGUACGAAGGCUCUUCAGCGUCCGUUCAUUGGUGACCGCCUUCGUGCUGCGGUUUUGUCGCAGCGAGCACAGGCACUUUAUCAUUCUGGCUGCCUUUAUGAAUGUGUAGAUGAUCUUGACGUCGCGCUAAGAAACGUUGAAGGCGUGAGAGAUCGUGCUGAGCUCUUACUGUUGAAGGCUCUUUGUGAGGAGAAACUUUCCCGAUGGACGGAUGCGAUGCAUAGCGUGGAGAGGUCCAUGCGGGAGGAACGCCUGCCGGCGGCCGUUGAUAUGUGGCGACGACUCAAGGGGCGAAAGAAGACUUCGGACCAGCGGGAGAGACAGGGAGAAAAGAAGGAGGAAGAAAGAAAGUGGACAAAGCCUGUUGCACCCACAUCAUUGGCGCAGUUGUAUUCCCGACUUGCCCUACCUGAUGGGGCUGGAGCAGAGAAGGUUAGAAAAAGUUAUCGUGCCCUGGCAAUGAAGUGGCAUCCGGACAAAUGGUGCAGUGCCUCUGCCCAAGAGCAGAAGGAAGCUGAGGAAAAGUUCAAGUUAGUGAAAGCAGCUUAUGAUCAGCUUAUCGGCAUCAUCGUAGACUGA